AUUUUAGGAAGUAACUGGCGGUUCACUGAUGUUUUCUCGUUUUUCAGAAUCCUGGAUGACAAGGAACUCUAUGAAGACCAGAAACCCAUCUCCCUCUCUGAUCUGACUUCUCUGUCACGCUUCUUGAACCAGUUCCUCUUCAAAUCUCUUUGGACAGAGCUGAUUUCCUCCCAUGGAUUGUCUGAGAAUCAUUUAUUUGCAUCGCUGCACAAGAUGCUGGUGCUGAUCUACUGGCGGGACUCACGGAGACGUUUCACAACGCCAAAUCACUGGCUUCUAAAGGAUGUCAGUGUCUCCUCCUUUCUGUAUGAGCUGGAGAAAAAGAAGCCACGUGCUCUGGUGAACACUUUCAUCUUGGUGCUGAUGAAGAAGAUGCCCCACUUGAUUCCUCAUCAUGAGAGGGUCAUCCUGUUCCGCAAGGCCGUACAAGAGGAUAAGGAACGACUUGGCCUCUUGGAUUCUUCUCCAUCUCACUCUUGCUUCUCUACUGUCAUCAGUGUACACCGGAGCAGCUUAGUGGAUGAUGGAUAUCGGCAGUUGUCAUCAUUGACCCCAACAGCCCUGAAGGGAGUCAUUAGAGUGAAGUUCAUCAACCUCCAGGGACUGGAUGAGGCUGGCAUCGACCAGGAUGGUGUCUUCAAGAUUGGAAAGAGCAUUGAUCCUUCCCAUCCUCUGUGCAAGGGCCUGGUCUAA